UUUAUUUAUCAUGAUUACAAUUGUGUCAAAAGGAAGGAAGUUCUAAAUCCCAGGGUAUACGACCUAUAUGUUCAGGGCUUCAGGCAAUAAUAGUACAAGCAAAUGGGCGUGUACACCCCAAUCCUUGGUUUUAUAAGAGGAAAUUAGCUACCAUAUUACCAUCAUAUAGUGUGUUCGAGCUUUCUUACCAUCAUUUUCACUCCGGUCAACUGCGACGGCAAAGAAGACAAUGGAGCAUCUCAUCUUUUGUCUAUGUGCCAUCCUGGCUUUACAAGCUAGGAGCGAGCCAGUACCAACUGGGCCAAUGAUCAAUGUCAACGAGGGUACCCUACAAGGAUUUACAGCUCGUUAUCAAGAAGACACCCAGCUUCAAGUUGACAAGCAAAUUGAUGUAUUUUUGGGGGUGCCAUUCGCUGAUCCUCCUGUAAGAUUUGCGGCUCCAGAACCCAAAACCCCAUGGACCGGGGUGUAUGACGCCACUGCAUUCAAACCAGCCUGUCAACAAGCACCAUCACCUAUCUACCCUGAUCAAAGUGAGGACUGUCUCUACCUCAAUGUAUAUGCACCAAGUCCUAAGCCGUCUAAAGCUGCCGUAAUGGUAUGGAUCCAUGGAGGUGGUUUUUCGGAAGGAUCUAUCAUGUCAGUCGGCUUCUCAGGUGGACCUAUCGUGAGCGUUGGAGAUGUCAUCCUCGUUACCAUCAGUUAUCGGCUUUCUAUAUUUGCAACCUUCACAACCAAGGAUGAGGCUGCCCCUGGAAACGUUGGUAUGCUCGAUCAAGUUGCUGCACUCAAAUGGGUGUACGAGAAUAUCGAAGCAUUUGGUGGUGACAAGAAAAGGAUAACCUUGGUCGGAGAGAGUGCCGGAGCCGCCAGUGUGAGCUUCCAUUUACUCUCCCAGCUGAGCAGGGAUUAUUUCACUCAGGCUAUACUGCAAAGUGGAUCCUCUCUUGCACAUUGGGCUUACAGAGACGAUGAUGAAUCUGAAAUGGCAAAGGUGGAGAGCCUUGCAUCAGCAAUGAACUGUGAGGCGAAGAACUCUACAGCUUUGGUUGAGUGUCUAAGGUCUAAAGAUGCAGAAGAAUUAAGAUUAGCAUCAAGCACGGUUUACACUGAACAUUACGUAGUCGUCGAUGGUAACUUUUUAGAAGCCAGUCCCCCCGAGCUCUACAAAAGGGAUGAUUUUAAGAAACUUCCGAUGAUGGCAGGCUUCACAAAAGACGAAGCAUCUUUCUAUGCCCUUUUUGAUUUCAUUCCUGAACCCCCUAUCUCUGGGAAAGUCUUUACGGAGCUAAUAGCUGGCACCCUCCAAGAAAUUGGUAUUGACGGAGAAGACGUCGUGGGUGUGGUUUUGCAAGAAUACGUUGAUUGGACUAUUGCCGAUGAUCCAGAAGCAGACUACUUCCAAGCCAUCGUCGACUUCUUUACUGAUACACAUUACGCCUGCCCAGCGGAUGGGGAGCUCAGGUUUCAUGCCGAUGAGGGUAGUCCUCUGUUCGAGUACUACUUCACCCAUGUUCCUAGUCAGAGUAUUUUCACUAUCGGACAGGAAGCCGUACCUUGGCUUGGAGCUGGUCAUGCAGAGGAUAUCCCGCUUGUCUUUGGUUGGCCAUUCAUAGAAGAAAUUGUAACAUAUGUUGGGUUUAACCUCACAGCCGAAGAAAAGGAACUCUCUCAUAAAAUCAUACAGUUCUGGACCAACUUUGCAAAAUCUGGUGACCCAAGCAAAGCUUCCGAAAAUGCUGCCCCUGGUGAAAAUGAAUACAGUUGGCCGGCCUUUGAAGUUCCUGGUCUCCGUUAUAAGGAAUUAUCAACAGAGCUUGGAGAAGGCAGAGCCAUAAAGGCUAGGAAAUGUGCUUUUUGGAGAGAAUACUUCCCUGAGGUCUUGAGUACUUUAGGGACGCCAGACGCUGAAGAUGAUGACGAAGAGAAUUUGGAUGAGCCAGGAUCGCAAGAAGUAUUGGCAGAGUAUCGAGAACUCUUAGGGGAAUGGCGACGAGAGUUUCAAGCAUAUAUGCAACGCAGGGGCAACCGCUGUCCUGCAGAAUAACAAGGCUUUUUAAUAUCUUUUAAGCCUGUUGAUUGAUUUGAUAUCUAUUUUGCAAUAGAGAAUUAGAGGAUAAGUUAUAUGGUUAUAUAAAAAAGCUCUUGAUAAAUUAUCUACAAAAUAGGCAAUGUCAUGGAUAAUAUCUGUUUGGCGCAAACAGUUUUGUAGUCUUCAUGAAACAACUUAGUUUUGCGUAAUAAUAUUGUGACAAGCUAUAUUUUACAGGCCUCUUUUCAGUUUAAGAUAUUUGAAACAUGAAUAUGCAUACAUUGUUCAUUAUUAUCUAUUCAAUGAUAACUAACAUCCGAUAAAUGGAAUUUGAAUACAGCUCGAUAUUUUGAAGGUCUGUAGUCUGAAAUUUCAUUAAUCCAAUUAAGGUUAUUACAUUCCGAUGGUUCGUUAUUCCGAAAUACGAAAUAAGGUUCGCUAACAAUUAUAUAUAGGGCCUAAUUAAAAAAUGGAAUUAGCUUCGCAAUGUUUGGUACUUAACGUACCUUAUUUUUUAUUUGAUUUAUUUUAUUUCCACAUUUCAAAACAAAAACAAAGAAUAUACAAGUAUAAUAUUUUUUUCAAUAUUACAUAAUAGGCAAAUAUUUUUUUAAACAUAAUGAAUAAUGCACAUAAAUCAUUAUAAAAUAUCAACUGUACUGUGAAAUUAUAUCUAUAUAUACAUUUUCUUUAAUUACUGAACAUAUAUAUAUAGAAAUGUGGGAGACCUCCAUCUUAAGCUUGGAGCUUGAAAGUGAUGGAGGCCUCCAUCUAUCAAACUUUCGUAAAAAUGAGCCCUUAUUUCAUUUCCGGAUUAACGAUUCUUUCUGCAUAACAAACAUCUUUUGAAUCAAUUAUAGCUAUCAAAAUUGUGUUUCAUUGUAACUGAUAUUGGAAAUGUAUUAACAUCAUAGCAAAUUGCAUUAUAAUACAACUACGUUGCACUUUCUAAUCAUUUUGUAUUCUUAGAUAAACUUGGUAAAGGUUAAUCUUCGUAAUUUAUGAAUCAAUUACUAGGAAUAUAAAAUAUCAUACCUAUACGAAGCGAAAAAUAUAUUUAACUUAUAUAAUGCAAUAAUGUCAGUAAUUUAUUGCCAUCCCGGUUUAACAGUUUCAGGUUGAUUUCGUUUUGAAUGAUUAUUCAGUGAAUAUUUAGUAGCCUAUAUUCUCUAGUUGCCACUGAUGCAAAAAAGACACUUCAGUUCUCUGUCUCAAUCUGAAUUCGAAAAUUGCUUUUGCUAUUGUUUAAUUCCACACUAAUAUUUUUGGUUCAUAACGAUAAUAAUGACUGUCCAUUUUUUUUGUUCGCUUUACAACGCGUAAUAUGCGCUUUAAAGCAGUAAACAACUUGUCUUGUUCAAUUCAAAUAAACGUCUAUUUGCUUCCAUUUCACAAA